AUGGCCCGCAGAUUCAGUGGAGGGUUCUCGACAGCUAUCCAGGCUAAAGGGCUUUCUGCGAUCGUGUCGUCCAAAACGGCGUCCUUCACACCUCCUCGAUCCCGGCCGAGGGAGAUUGAUUGGAAUUCAUCUCGACUGUCUCCGCGCCUGCAGACUUCCUUUCGUGAGGGAGUGAAUUCAAUCCAGCGGCGCCAGUGCGGUAUCUCGGGCCCGUCUUUUCCUGGCCUUCUCCGUCCUCCCGCCGUUCGCCUCGCAAACCCAGUCAACCACGUCCCCCGCGCCACGCCCAUCACCAUCGCCUCUGCGCACUCCGACGAAAGCCUCCCUCUUGGCCGCGACGCCCGUCCUCUGCUUAGCAUUCCCGAACGCCGGCGGAGCCGGUUGACCCCUUCUCCCAAUAGUCUCCUCGUUGAGCAAAGCCAAGGGGAAUCCGACAGCCGGCGAACAAGUAUCGGCCUACCUCCCCGCCACCGACGAAGCGACCAAUUCUCUCCGACAGCCAUGGCUGCUGCAUUCGCCGGCAGUGCGGCUCGGGAGGUCGAGAAUCUGCGGCCACCCGAGGUGGCCCAUCUCGCCGAGGACGGAAGCAGAGAAGACGGUCGAUCGCGUCAUAAUCAGUCCCAAGUUUCCCUUCGCUCUCAAUCACAAAUCGCAUCGAUCCCUUCAAACACCGGCCAACCUCUUCAAGAAGCUGAAGAGCUUGCAUGGGGUCCCGCCCACCCCUGCUACCCGCACCUCAAUCCCCAUAUCCCCAUUGGGUCCAGAGAGUACCUCACCACGCGAGUCAUUCGUAUACGACGCGACUGGAUGAUAAAAGGAGACCUGGCGCCGACAUUUUCCAACCUGUACCCGGAGAUCUUGGACCCAUUACUGCCUGAACAGGAGUUCCGCAAAAUCCUCGGAAAAGUGAACGAAAGCAUGAUCAAGGCCUUUGAUCCAUUCCGUCUACGGAACUGGCUGGACGGUACGAUCGGAAUGUUUACUGGCUGGUUCUGGGAUGAUCUGAAUGCUCCCGGCAUCAAGCGCUCCCUGGAUCAUAUCGAAACAUGGCUGGAGAAGUGGAAUCGAGAAGUGGGUGCCAAAGACGGCGUUCACAUCUGGAGUCUGCGGCGGACUGCAUACAUGUCUCUUGACAUCCAAAUCCCUGAUCCUAAAGUCGGCAUUGUGCCUAGCGAUGGGGCGCCCUCGUUGCCGCACACCAGACCCAGUACAGGGGUCGGGGCUCCUGUGUAA